GACACCCCCUCCUUCCCUUCAUGAUUCGUUUGUAGCGCAGUGGCGAUGGAUGAUGAGGAUGGGAGAUGCUUACUAGACGUGAUUUGUGACCCUCAGGCCCUCAACGACUUCUUACAUGGAUCCGAGAAGCUCGACGGUGAUGACCUCCUGGAUAACCCCGGGGAGGCCCAAAGUGCCUUCUAUGAAGGUUCUGGGCUCCACGUGCAAGAAGCUCCUGGUAACCACUUGAACCCGGAGUCUAGCCAACCGGCCCCCAGUGUGGACCUAGACUUCCUAGAAGAUGACAUCCUGGGCUCGCCGGCCGCAGGGGGCGGCGGAGGUGCUGGUGGGAGUGCUGACCAGCCCUGUGACAUCCUCCAGCAGAGCCUGCAAGAGGCCAACAUCACUGAGCAGACGCUGGAGGCUGAGGCCGAGCUGGACCUGGGUCCCUUCCAGCUGCCCACCCUGCAGCCCGCGGACACUGGGUCAGGCCAGGCAGGGGCUGGAGGCGCUGCUGCUGUGGCUGCUGGGCCCCAAGCCCUCUUCCCUGGCAGCACUGACCUGCUGGGGCUGCAGGCCCCACCCACCGUGCUCACCCACCAAGCCCUGGUGCCACCCCAGGAUGUGGUCAACAAAGCACUGAGUGUCCAGCCCUUCCUGCAGCCUGUGGGCCUGGGCAAUGUGACCCUGCAGCCCAUCCCGGGCCUCCAGGGCCUUCCCAAUGGGAGUCCUGGGGGUGCCACAGCUGCCACACUUGGCCUGGCACCCAUCCAGGUGGUGGGCCAGCCCGUGAUGGCACUCAACCCACCCACCUCCCAGCUUCUGGCCAAGCAAGUGCCGGUCAGUGGCUAUCUGGCUUCGGCAGCCGGCCCCUCAGAGCCAGUCACACUGGCAUCAGCUGGCGUCUCGCCCCAGGGGGCUGGCCUGGUCAUCCAGAAGAACCUCCCAGCUGCCGUGGCCACCACACUCAAUGGGAACUCAGUAUUUGGAGGAGCAGGAGCUGCCACGGCAGCAGCGGCCAGUGGGGCACCCUCGGGACAGCCGCUGGCGGUGGCCCCAGGCCUUGGCACGUCAUCUCUGGUUCCAGCACCUAAUGUGAUCUUGCACCGUACCCCCACGCCCAUCCAGCCCAAGCCUGCUGGGGUGCUGCCCCCCAAGCUCUACCAGCUGACACCCAAGCCCUUCGCCCCCGCAGGCGCCACGCUUACCAUCCAGGGUGAGGCGGGGGGCCUCCCGCAGCAGCCCAAGGCCCCCCAGAACCUGACUUUCAUGGCGGCAGGCAAGGCCGGCCAGAACGUGGUGCUCUCAGGCUUCCCGGCGCCUGCCUUGCAGGCCAACGUCUUUAAACAGCCUCCAGCCACCACCACGGGGGCAGCCCCCCCACAGCCUCCUGGGGCUCUGAGCAAGCCUAUGAGUGUCCACCUCUUGAAUCAAGGCAGCAGCAUCGUCAUCCCCGCCCAGCACAUGCUGCCAGGCCAGAACCAGUUCCUGCUGCCCGGCACAUCUGCAGUCCAGCUGCCCCAGUCACUCUCAGCUCUGCCGGCCAAUGUGGGCGGGCAGAUCCUGGCGGCUGCAGCCCCACAUGCAGGCGGACAGCUCAUCGCCAACCCCAUCCUCACCAACCAGAACUUGGCCGGCCCUCUGAGCCUGGGCCCUGUGCUGGCCCCCCACUCUGGGGCCCACAGUGCAGCCCACAUCCUCUCAGCCGCCCCUAUCCAGGUGGGCCAGCCGGCCCUGUUCCAGAUGCCUGUGUCACUGGCCGCGGGCAGCCUGCCCACACAGAGCCAGCCGGCCCCCACUGGCCCUGCUGCCACUACCGUCCUCCAGGGGGUCACUCUCCCCCCGAGUGCCGUGGCCAUGCUGAAUGCCCCUGAUGGUCUGGUGCAGCCGGCCACCCCGGCUGCCGCCGGGGAGGCCACACCUGUCCUGGCUGUGCAGACAGCUCCCCAGGCGCCCCCCACUGUCAGCACCCCGCUGCCUCUGGGCCUCCAGCAGCCACAGGCACAGCAGCCGCCCGCCCCACAGGCCCCCACCCCUCAGGCCACUGCCCCACCUCAGGCCACCACCCCCCAGCCCAGCCCAGGCCUGGCAUCCAGCCCAGAGAAGAUCGUCCUGGGGCAGCCGCCCUCCGCUGCCACCACGGCUAUCCUCACUCAGGACCCCCUGCAGGUGUUCCUGCCACAGGAGAGGAGUCAGCAGCCCCUCUCCACAGAGGGCCCCCACCUCUCCGUGCCCGCCUCGGUCAUAGUCAGCGCCCCGCCUCCCGCCCAAGACCCAGCCCCGACCACCCCCGUCGCCAAAGGAGCUGGCCUCGGCCCUCAGGCCCCCGACAGCCAGGCUUCCCCGGCACCGGCCCCCCAGAUCCCAGCAUCGGCUCCACUGAAGGGUCCAGGCCCCUCCUCAUCCCCCUCACUACCUCACCAGGCCCCUCUGGGGGACAGCCCCCAUCUGCCCUCCCCACACCCUGCCCGGCCCCCUUCUCGUCCACCCUCACGCCCCCACUCCCGUCCUCCCUCCCAGCCCCAGAGCUUGUCCCGUCCACCCUCAGAGCCCGCCCUGCACCCAUGCCCUCCUCCCCAGGCUCCCCCGACCCUGCCUGGCAUCUUUGUCAUCCAGAAUCAGCUGGGCGUCCCCCCACCUGCCAGCACCCCAGCCUCCACUGCCCCAGGGCCUCCCCAGCCCCCUUUGCGUCCCCCAUCCCAGCCCCCAGAGGGCCCCCUGCCCCCAGCUCCCCACCUCCCUCCAGCCUCCACCUCCUCUGUUGUGGCCUCUGAGCUGUCCUCCAGGCUACCAGCCCCCACGCCACCUGACUUCCAGCUUCAGUUCCCACAAGGCCAGGCCCACAAGUCCCCUACACCCCCUCCGACUCUCCACCUGGUCCCCGAGCCCACAGCACCCCCCCCACCGCCUCCUCGGAGCUUCCAGAUGGUGACGGCCCCCUUCCCAGCGCUGCCCCAGCCGAAGGCUCUUCUUGAAAGAUUUCACCAGGUGCCGUCCGGAAUCAUUCUCCAGAACAAGGCUGGAGGAGCCCCCACUGCACCACAGACCUCUGCCAGCCUGGGGCCCCUCAGCAGCUCCACUGCCUCUGUGCUGGUCAGUGGGCAGACCCCAGCUGGGACCCCCGCUGCCCCCAGCCACCCCCCUGCCCCGACACCCAUGGCCACCACAGGCCUCCCUCCUCUGCUUCCUGCCGAGAGCAAAGGUUUUGCCAGCAACCUCCCGACCCUGAGUGUGGCCAAGGCCACUUCAUCUGGGAAGUCCUCCGGGCUGCAGUACGAGAACCGGCUGAGCAGUCUGAAGAAGCCACCGGCCCUGCAGCCCAGCAAGGAAGCCUGUUUCCUGGAGCAUUUGCACAAACAUCAGGGCUCCGUCCUGCACCCUGACUACAAGACCGCCUUCCCCUCCUUCGAGGACGCCCUGCAUCGCCUCCUACCCUACCAUGUCUACCAGGGUGUCCUCCCCUCCCCCAACGACUACCACAAAGUGGAUGAGGAGUUUGAGACGGUCUCCACGCAGCUGCUGAAACGCACUCAGGCCAUGCUCAAUAAAUACCGCCUCUUGCUCCUGGAGGAGUCGCGGAGGGUGAGCCCCUCAGCAGAGAUGGUCAUGAUUGACCGAAUGUUCAUUCAGGAGGAGAAGACCACCCUUGCCUUGGACAAACAGCUGGCCAAGGAGAAGCCAGAUGAGUAUGUGUCUUCCUCACGCUCUCUUGGCCUCCCUGUCACCACCUCUUCCGAGGGACACCGGCUCCCCAGCCAUGGCCCACCACCUUCCUCAACACCCGGGGCUCCAGCCCAGCCCCCUCUGCACCUGCCCACCAAGCUGGUGAUCCGGCACGGUGGGGCGGGUGGGUCCCCUUCUGUGACCUGGGCACGAGCUUCCUCCUCCCUGUCGUCAUCCUCCUCGUCCUCUGCUGCCUCCUCUUUGGAUGCCGAUGAGGACGGCCCAAUGCCCUCCCGCAACCGGCCGCCCAUCAAGACCUAUGAGGCCCGCAGCCGCAUUGGCCUCAAGCUCAAGAUCAAGCAGGAAGCCGGGCUCAGCAAGGUCGUCCACAACACCGCUCUGGACCCUGUGCACCAGCCCCCGCCCCCACCCCCCACCUCCCUCAAGGCGGCUGAGCCCCCGCCCCGGCCCCCACCGCCACCCCCAGCCACCGGCCAGAUGAAUGGCACUGUGGACCACCCGCCGCCGGCCCCCACUGAGCGCAAACCGCAGGCCCCGGCUCCCCACUGUCCCCGCUUGCCCCUCCGGAAGACAUACCGUGAGAACGUGGAGGCUCUGGGCAGCGGAGCGGCCGAGGGGGCGGCUAGUGGCAGGGCCCGGAGCAGCAGCCCAGCACCCCUGCCCACCAAAGUGGACGAAGCCACCAGCGGGCUCAUCCGCGAGCUGGCUGCGGUGGAGGAUGAGCUAUACCAGCGCAUGCUGAAGGGGGCACCGGACCCUGCGGCCAGUGCCGGGCAGGGCAGCGGCAGCAGGGAUCCAGGAUGGGAGGCUCCCCCGCUGCCCCCAGCCAAGCGGCGCAAGUCCGAGUCACCUGAUGUGGACCAGGCCAGCUUCUCCAGCGACAGCCCACAGGAUGACACCCUCACGGAACACCUCCAGAGCGCCAUCGACAGCAUCCUGAACCUCCAGCAGGCCCCAGGCCGGACAUCUGCACCCCCGUACCCCCACGCUGCCCCCACAGCUGUCACACCCGCCUCCCCGUCGCCUCUGCACAGGCCAGAGGCUUAUCCACCCUCCAGUCACAAUGGCGGCCUCAGCGCCAGGACGUUAAACAGAUAACACCGGCCUGGUCUUCCCUGCCCUGUCCCCUCGCUCAGCCUGGACGCUGGGGAGCAUGGGGGGCAGGGCAGCUGGGCCUCUGACCUCAGCCUCCUGGGGAACAUGAGCCGGGGAUCCCCUGACAGUUUUUCUUGCCUAAGUUAUUUGAGUCACAAAGGCCUCCUCCACCACCUCCUGCUUCAGCCAGGUUGUUGAGAGAGGGUCGUGGAUUUAGGGGAGGGAGCUGUAAUGUAAAAUGUCAUCCCUGUCAAAGGAGGGGGUAACCCUGGUGUCAUUUCCUACUUCCCACUUCCUACCACACCCCGCCCUUGCGUGAGGGGGUAGGGACACACCUGUGUUUGCCAGGAAUGGGAGUACCCUGGUUGAUCCCACUACUCAUGCGUGUCGGGACACCGGUCUUGUCUAUGUGGCUUAGCCCGACUAGGUAUUGAGGGACCUGGAAGCCCUCGGGGGUCCUGGGGAGCUGCUCUAGGGGCCUCCCCGUAGCCCCCCAUAGGCUAUAAAAAGGAACACAAGGAUGGAGCUGGUGGACCAGCGUCCCAGGACCCUCCCCAUGAUCACCGUGCCAUGUGCACUGUCACAUCCCGUAUGCGUCCAGCUCCAUGUCCCAUGUCCCUGUGUGUGUGCUCCAGUGAGCAAGAGAUUUCGAACCCUCCUGUCCCGCCACUGAAAUCCCAGCAUCUGCAAAACAGGAAAAGGGGUCUUCCACCCCCUCCCCAUGCGGUUCUUCUUUUCUGUUCUUUCUGCCUCCAACCGGCCCAGGCCAGAUUUUGAAAUCUCGGAGACAAAACUAGUACUGUAAGAUAAAUUUUUUUGUACUGUAUUUAUUGUGUAUAACGAUUUUUUUAAAGGAGAAAUCUGUACAUUUAGAACUCUUGUAAAUUAAAAAGUGAUCCUUUUUUUAAAACUGUACCUAUGCCCCCUCCGCCCCCUUGCUUUUGGGUCUUUUGGGGGUUGUUUGGAGAUGGGACUGGGGUGAGACCUGUGGAGGGAUUGUGAGGGCUUAUUCCACAUAUAUUUGUUGAGCACCUACUGGGUGCCUCCUGAACUAGGAAAACAGGUUUCUGCAAGG